AUGCGUAUUCAUAAAAUUAUAAUUCUGUCGAUGAUGAUGGUGGUGGUGGUGGAGGUAGCCUGGACUCGUCGGAUCGGUAGGAGAGGUGUUAUGGGAGGAGAACAAGAAACAGACUUCGAAAUCAUGUUCGACAACCUCUCCCUCCUUGCGCGAGUGACCAAUGCAAUCGCCCUUCACUCGGCGAUUCUCCGUAAAUCUCUGAGCAUUCACGACAUGCUUGCCGAGACAAUCUUUGCGAAUCCACGGAAUUUCAGUGAUAUUUUUGAGCAUGAUGCAUCAGGAUUCAAUAAAACAUUCGAUGAGUUGGUGUCUUCCUACCAGAAUAUCAAGAAAGCCACUGACCAGUAUUAUAACGAAAUGGUGGAGACUGGAAUAUUUACUGAGAAAUUGAUUGAGGCAAUGGAGAUGGAUUACGAUAUUGAACAUACUGUAAUACAAAAGUAUUUUGAGAAUUUGAAGAAUCUGAAGAUAAAUGGAGAUGUGAUGGGAUGUGACAAGGAUUUGGUGAAGAACACGAUUCUGAAAUUCUGGAAAGUGAUGAAUGAGAAAUCGGUGACGUUCUCGACUGGAAGUCAGAAGAAGGAUGCAUUAGAGGCGAUGAAGUUGAACACAUCGAUCGUCCUCAAAUGCAUGGAUUCCUUCAAAACUUACAUUGAGAAAGUGAACCCAAUAAUCCAGCGAAGCGACAAACUCCGAAAAGUGAUAUUUGCAAGGGAAAUGUCGAGAUUAUUGAAAUCCGACAACUCAAAGUCGUUCAACUACAGUACCUCAUUGGCUACUGUAAAAACUAUGUUCGCCGAGACAAUCAAGAAUUGGAAACCACCAAAAGACAAGGCUUACAAGAUGAUCAAAAAGUCAAACUCACUCUUUUUGGCUCUCGACGACCAGAAAUUCAUCCCCGAGCAGACGCUUACUGUAGGCUUCGGCUACUUUAAUAGAUUGAGAGAAGACGUGAAAAGUGAAUGGUUUAAAGAGAAGAUCUCAAUGGGAAAAAGCACAAAAUCACUGGAAAAUGGUCUAGAAGCAUUCUUCGAGUUUGGAGUCCUCGUGGAGAAGUUGAGGAGGACUUACAUAAUGUUUAGCGGGAGCUUUUAUAAAAAUCAGGACUUCUUAGAGAAAUAUCCGGAUGAUUUGAUGAUAAAUGAGGAGUUCGAUGAGAUGAAGACAGGCGAAGAGUUUAUUGGAUCGAGUAGGAAGGUCUUCGAAGACUGUUGGAGCAAGACACCAGAAGAUUCUGAAGUUUUUCAAGAAUUCGAUGAGAGUAUUGGAGGAUUUAUACACCUUAACAAUACAAUAUCAGAUAUUUUGAACUGGGUCAAUGAGACAAUUGGAACUUUUGAUAUGGAAGUUGUCAAGAUUUCGUUGGGUAAGCUGCACCAGUUGGAUUUUGGAGAUAAAAACCUCAACGAGGCAAAAGAAGCGAUUUCUGGAAUCCCAAAUUUCCAAAUCCUCAACAAUUUUCUUUCAAGAUUCUCCACUCUCUCCGAACUACAAACUACACUUGACACCGACUACACCACCACCUUCGAAACAUUCAAUAUGACUGAAAUCUUCAUUUCCACUAUCCAAAAUCUGACAGAUUCAAGCAUGACAACUGACUUGAGGUGUCUAAAAACCAACCAGUUCAAUACAACGAGACUGAAUGAUCUCAUGAUGUUCAUGGAGUCGAUUCGAAGGACUUCUGCGGAGAAUUUGACUAAUCACAUGAAGAAUUUGAUGAGUUUUUAUAAUGCGAUGAGAGAGGCGUUUUCGGAAAUUGAGGUUUAUGUGAAGAAGCAUCGAAAUAUAACGGGAGAUCCAGGGAAUCCAGUAUUGAAGUUCAAAGAUCCUCAAAGAGUCUCAUAUGCCUUCGGAUCAGGAAUUCGCGCUGUCAGUUAUAUUUGGGAUGUGUCCCGGAAACGAGCAGAUUUUAUGGAUGCAACGAAAUAUUCGAAAGAAGUCAAAGAGCACAUUGCAAUGUUCAACGAGAAUGAAGAGAUCAGAGAGUUCUGGAAAAACGAUCCGAAUGCUUCGAUCCAUCGACUAUUUGACGAAAUCGACCGGUUGAGUGACUACUGUAGAUCUGUCAAAAACAAAGACUUGAUGACAAUUCGAGAUUUCUUCGAUCACGCGAAGAAUGUCACUGGAUUCAAGGGACAUUAUCGAACAUUUUGGUCCGUUCAAGAACAAUUGAUUUCUUAUGGUUCGAAGGACCCGAGUUUUGAUUUUGCGAUAAAAAAUGCUAUCAAAUUAUCGCAACUGGAUUUAGACUUCUCGAAUCGUGAGGCUACUUUGCAGGCGGCAAAGUUGAGUGCUCAGGAGAUCAAGGACUAUUUUGAUGAGAUUUUUGGAUUGAAGGAAGUGGGAGUGACAGCGGAAAAGAAGAAGAAAAUAACCGAGAACUCGUAUCUUACUGUUGUUGCUUUCGCAGUCCCCCUCUUCCUCCUUCUCUUCAGUUGUGCUUUUCUUCUCUAUGCUUUAUCUGAUAACGGAAAACGACACAUCAAAAAUUUCUAUCUUUACUAUUUCGGGAAGUCAGCAGCUUUUGAGAAACGAUGGAGAUAUUCGCUAUUCAUGGAUAGACAGGAUGGUGUGAACGCUCUACAUGAAGCCGUCCGAGAAGUCAAUGCAGCACAUGUGUCAGAAGUUGUGAAGGGCGGAGCUUAUAUAAAUGUCUAUAAUUUACAUGGUAACACCCCUCUUCACUGUGCAACAAAACUAGGAUUUCCCGAAAUCGUUGAAAUUCUCAUCAAGAAUGGAGCCGACCGAACUCUUCGCAAUGCUCAAAAUGAGACGCCGGAGCAAAUGUUGACCUACCGAUCGGAUGAAAAGAAACGAGAGAAGUUUGAUGAAAUAGAGAGAAUCUAUGCAAAGAAUAGAGACAAGAAGUUCCGAAUUCAAGUACCUGAAGUCUUCCCGUCGUUUAUGUUUCACAUUUAUGCUGACAGGAAUACGGACGAUGAGUUGACGAAUAAGUUUAUGGAACAGUUUCAAGCGAUUACGAAGGACGGACGGACGGCCGAUAAGAAUGUGUCAACUGUGAUUCUGGCAAACGAUCUCUAG